UUCAUUCAUAAAAAUGUUUCAAAAAUAAAACGUAAUAUUUACAGCUCCCUGACACGUGAAGAAUAUAUUUAUAUGAUGAAAUAUUUAAUAUGAUGAAAUGAUCAUUACAGGUAAACAUUAUUAUCUUUCUUUCUCAUGUUCUCCCAAUGAUUGUUCAAAAAAGAACUUCCUCCGUUAUAUUAUCUUUGGAUUGUGACCUUUUUUAUAAUAAAUUUAUAAGAGGAGCUUUUUAUCACGACUUAUUCGAAAGAGGGCAAACAUUUGCGUGGAUUGUCAGAUAAUAUUUUAUCGUCGUGGAAUAUCUUUUUUUCUCGUAUUGUGCUGACUUUUCUCUCAGUUUCUGGCUAAUAUAUAUUCACCAAUAAAAUAAUCAUGUUACAUCAGCGAUAGAUAAGCACGUGACAGAUAAACAUAGACGAUCUAGAGCACAUGCGCUAUGCGGAAGAUGCACAAGUCUUAUCAAUCAUUUCUGUUUGUCUUGUUGGCUUGGUGACACGCACUUUGUCGAUGAUAAACUAUCAAAAUGUUGCAGCGAUAACGGCAAGUCAUCCUCGAUACAAUUAGCUUCGUGGCAAUAAAAUCUGCACAAGUUGGGCCAACAUCUUACUUUGAAGUGAAGCGCAUCAAUUGUACGAUUGUACAUCAACCGGAGUUUCGAGAUUUUUUCAAAUUUGAGAGAAAAAUCAUGAAGAUAAAAGUGCUGGAUGCUGGUUUCUCUACGCAAUUGUCCACUCACGUAGGUGAUAAAAUCGAUGGUGAUCCUUUGUGGACCGCACGUUUCCUCGUAACCGACCCGAACGCUGUCUUUGCUACGCACUUAGACUUCUUGCGAGCCGGUGCCGACAUUAUAUUGACCAACACGUAUCAAGCUACAAUUGAUGGUUUUGUAAAAUACUUGAACAUGACAGAAGAAGAGAGUCUUCAGAUAAUUGGUAAUGCUGUCGAUUACGCUAAAGAUGCUGUGAACGUUUAUAGUAAAGAGAUAGAGGAUAACGCAAACAUCGUGACGAACCGAAAACCGCUGAUCGCUGGAUCUUGUGGACCUUACGGUGCUUGUUUACACGAUGGCUCGGAGUACACUGGUUCGUAUUGUCCAAAUGUAUCGCGACAAUUUUUGAUCGAUUGGCAUAGACCUCGUAUACGCACACUGAUAGAGAAAGGCGUAGAUCUAUUGGCGAUAGAAACAAUACCUUGCGUUCGCGAGGCAGAAGCAAUAAUUGAUUUACUCAAGGAAUUUCCGGAUACAUACGCAUGGUUGACCUUCUCCUGUAGAGAUGACGGGAAGAGUAUAGCGGAUGGCAGCAACUUCCAGAAGAUCGCCAUGAGAUGUUACAAGAAAGCACUUCCAGGACAGCUAUUAGCGAUUGGCAUUAAUUGUAUCUCCCCACAGUACGUUACUGCCUUGUUAAAAGGCAUUAAUCAAAACUCGGACGAUUUUAUACCAUUAGUGGUGUAUCCUAACAGUGGAGAAAAAUACAUAGUAUCUGAGGGAUGGAAGAAGGAAGGAGAGGCUCCAUCUCUACACGAAUUUAUCGACGAAUGGUUGGAUCUUGGCGUUUGCUACAUUGGUGGAUGUUGUAGAACAUAUGCUACAGAUAUAAAAAAAAUAAGAUCCAAAGUGGACCAGCGGCAAGAACAGCAUAUAGAAUGAAUUUUUACAUUGAAAGUGCCUAUUAUGUGUUUUCCAUGACAAUAAAUUAAUGCACAUUGUGCCAUAUCUUGUGAAGCAAACUGUUUUACAUUUUGCUAUAUCUUGAUUUUUUAUUUUGCAUACAAAAAAUAAUAAAUAAAUAUAAAUCGAGCAUUAUAUUAAUCCCAAAAAUA